CCGCACACUUUGUGCUGGCUGUCACUUUGGAGCUGCGCGCAGCCUCGCCUCCUGCUCCACCUUGAGAACCAAUUUUUCUUUUUGGAUUUCGAUUCCCCAUUCUCUCGCUUCGUCCCACUGGGCGUUGCUCAAACCCAAGCUGCGCCCCCAUCGCUGGAUCCUCUCCACCACGUAUUUUUCGUUGUCGAUUUGUCGAUCUUUGUCGAUCGGAUUUUAUUUUUAUUUUUAUUUUUUAGACCGACUCUCGGCCACUCGCUGAAAAUUUGCGUCACGGUUUUUUGUUCAGCGAGUCGAGGAUUUCACGGUUACUGUUGGGGGUGCGGCUCAUGGUGUUUGGUGAUUUCGGACGGAGGAGAUGAUGUUGCACGUUGCUGCGCAGUUUUUGUUCAUUUCUAUGCAGAGAUUGGGUGCUUUGGCGUCAUCGCGGCGUGAUUUGUAACCUGUCGGGUGACAGCUGAAGCGGAGGUGAAUGUGGAUGGUUGUGUGAUUCGGAGAGGAGGAUGCGGGGACUGGCUUCGGAAUUUUGGGUUGUCUUUGUGUGAGAUCCGACCGGUGGUUUCAGGGUCCGACCGAUUGUGGGGUCUUUUUGUCUGGUGGGCGUUAUCGCGGACGAGAGUGGGGAGGAAUACGGAAUUCAAGUCGGAGUUGCGAUUUUUUUAACAAUUGUUUAUUAUUCCUUUGCGGGACCAUGGCUGGUCUUGUUCACCAGUGGUUGUUAAAUUCGAGUAAUUAGUACCCUUGCUUCAUUGACAGAUUGUGGCCGCAUAGUUUCAUACUAACUUAAAUUGACAAGAUGCUGCGGCGGUUUAAUUCCCUCAUAAAGGGACCUAAGGCGCUAAGCAGCGACGAGGAGUCAACCGAGAACUUGUCGCUGCGGCCAGCACGCUCAGUUGAUUCCUCUCUAUUUGCCUCAAAGCAGCGUGUCGCAAUGGCUAGCCCUCUUCAACAGCCUGUUCGCCGGUCGGAAGACGGACAAACCUCCUUGAGCGUCAGUGUCCUAAUCGGGUCGUCACAACAUGAGAGGGAGGAGCGAGGGAGAGCUUUUGUAAUAGGUCAAGUUCCUGAAGACAGGUCUUGGAAGGAAGGCUACGAGCAGGGGGAAAAUUCCCCUGCCACUCCACAGGAGCAGUAUGAACCUGGCGAGAAACCAUCAGAUUUUCACUGUGUUGAUCUCAGUGGAAGCGCUAAUGACGUGAACGAUUCUCACGAUGCCACAAUGCAAACUGUGGGUCAAAGCGGGGAGAAUGCUUCGGCGAUUCAGCCCCAAUUCACAUUCCUUCCGGUUUCUACUCAGCUUGGUAACGAUCAAAGCCAAACUGAGCUCCCGAGAAUUUCAAGGACGAGCAGUGAUGCCGUUGUUGCCGUGGACAGCAAUUCUCAGCCAAAUUACCACUCCACCGUAGACGUUUCAGAUGUGCAACACGGCAGCGCGGUGGAGUUAGAGAAUUUGCUCAAAGGGGUCCUCACUUUCGGGCCAGGGCGAACUAUUAGCUCCUGGAGCACGGACAGCGCGGCUGAAUAUUGCAGAAUUUGUCAACAGCAUACGGAGGAGCCUCUCAUCGAUUUGGGGUGCUCAUGUCGAGGGGAGAUGGCCAAAUCGCACAAGUCGUGCAUUGAGGUGUGGUUUAAGAACAAAGGAACGAACAAAUGCGAAGUUUGUCAGCAUGUAGCUUCGAACAUUCCAGCUCCAGCGACAGCCCCCGUGCCGCAUUUCUGGGUAUGGCGGCUCGGAGGAACGAAUGCAGCAGGGCAAUCGCAGACGUCGAAUGGGGGGAUACGCAGGGUAGGGUUUCAGAGCAGCCUCAUAGUGAAUGGGCCCGUGCUGCUCGUGAUAAUGAAGAAGCAUCCUUUCAUUCCAGUUAUGUGGAUAUCGUUGCUUGCAUUUAUGACCUACCUCUUCGUGGAUGCCUUCAACACAUCUACGAUCGGUUAUGCUGCAAUGCCGAUUGGCUUCUUUUUCGGUGUUCUGGUGGUGCUAGGGUUGGGCACGGCUGUAAGGUUGGUCUUGGAAUGCUGUCACGAAAGAAACGUGGAGCGCAGCAUCCAGCAAAUGGAAUUGUCUUCCACUGAUGCACAGGCAGCGCCCGCACAAGAUGCCGACGAACCUACUGUACAGGAUCGACCUCUUCCUGUUUGAGUCACAGCGUUCGACGGUGCUGAGGUCGUCGAGCUACCAAGUUCUGUGUGCACAUGGACACUACCCUAAGAUAGUCCUCGAAGGUGGGACUCAACAUGGAGGCGAGUUUUGUAGUAUAUCAUUCCGGAACCCAACUCAAUAUGGACGCGACACAAAGCCAAAAUUUUCACCAUGCCAUGCAUUUAUGUUCCCGAACUUCGACGAUCCAACCUGAAGCCGCACGAUCUUCGGGUAUGGAUUCAACGAGCGAUGGUUUUUGACUGUGACCGUGUCACGAUCACCCCAACAAUGAUUCGAAGCUUGCGACCAUUCGCUUUCAUCAACGAAAACAAUUGGGUAUUGUAGAUAUCUAGAUUCAUAGCCUAGCAACCUCUUCCGCACUGUAUCAUACCCGACGAUCUUCACAGGAGCAUGCUGUGAGGUAGUGUGUACGAAUAAAAAAGCUCUCUCCGUGGGUGACGGGCUGGGUUGUUGCAUAUGCGCAGAGCUCGCCAAGCUCCGUGACGCUUAUCAACUCCUCCCAUCUCGACGCCGUCUCGGUGUUAUCACGUCCCCUUUUCUUGCCA